ACGCUAAAAUUUCCCAAGGUUCAAGAAUGACAGAUUGUUCUAUUUGCGUCAAUCCAAAAAUCCAAAAUAUCUCCAGACUUGGCACCUUGCGGCCACAUCUCACUGUCCUCUUUCACACUAUCUUAACUAAAUUUUUAUUAUCCUUUUUUUCGACUUCGCAGCCAUACCGGCAAUAAUUUCAAGAGAUAGUAAUUAACAUGCAGAACCCUAACGUUCCUCCGGGAGCUAUCCCGAUACAAAUGGGACCUGGAGGCCAGAUGCCGACGCCUCAGCAGAUUGCCGCGAUGCAACAGCAACUGGCCGCCGAAGCACAGAAGCAUGGCAUGACUGUCCCCCAAUUUGUCGAGCACAUCAAGGCCCAACGUCUAGCACAGCUUCAAGCAGCUCAGAGACAACAGCAACAGCAAGGUGGCCAAGGCCCUCAAGGCGGACCUGGACCUCAAGGACCGCCGCGCCCUCCUCCGGGAGCCUCAGGUCAACCGCGACCUAUUCAACCUGGCCCUCCUAAUCCCGUCGCAAUUUCCCUUGCCAAUUUUCUACGAAGUCAGACUCUAAAGCAACGUACAUGCAUCCUUAAUGGAGAGCGCAAGGAUAUGUUUAGAGUCAAGAGAGCUCUUCGAGCUCUUCAGUCUCCUGCCUACGCCAAGGCACGCGCAAAGAACCCAGCGCUUCCCGAAGUCACCGAUCGCGCAUCGCUUGAGAACGUCUUCAAAUUGCUACCCUUGUCCAUGCUAGCCUUGCGUGUCAGCAAGAUCGACCCCCACGAGGGUCACGACCAUGCUCCCAAGAAGGGUAAACGAGUCAAGGGGCUCUGGACAGUCAAAAUUGAACAGCAGCAAGAUGCUGGUGACGACAUGUAUUAUGUCUGGCUGUACGAGGGCAGUCAGAUUAUGCGCAAGGUUUAUGCUGCUCUCGCCUUACUUGUCAUCUUCACCGUAGUCCUGUACCCUCUAUGGCCGCUCGUUUUGCGACAAGGUGUCUACUAUCUCAGCUGGGGAUUCUUGAUGCUUCUUGGUCUCUUCUUCCUCAUGGCCAUUUUCCGCGUCAUUCUAUUCUGCAUUACGUACUUUGUUGUGCCCCCUGGCCUUUGGCUCUACCCCAAUCUUUGGGAAGAUGUCUCCUUCAUGGACAGUUUCCGUCCCGUCUGGGCCUGGCAUGAGACCGCCAAGCCUAAGAAAAAGAAGAAGGCUUCCAAAUCAGUCGGUGCCGAGUCAGCUGCUCAGCUUGCAAGCCACACAGGUCACCCACCUCCGGCGACUGCUACUACCACUGCAACUGAAACUCAGAUUCAAACGGAACCCCAGCAGAGGGCCUACGUAGCUCCAAAGGUCGAGGAGCUUGCUGACGAUGAAUAGGUGUGGUCGCUGUAUCAUAUUUGCAGCGAUAGGCGUUUAGGGAGUUUAGUCAGUAGGGAAAAAGUAUGUACAGUAGAACAAAUGACUCUAAAAGUUGCACUACAUAGGUACCUAUUUUUCAGAAUAGGAUGCAUCAACCCUCCCUAUCCAUCACCUCUUCAAAGUGAUAAUUAACAACCAAGAACGCCAAGCCAGG